AUGGCGGAGAUCGAGGAGCUCAGGGCGAAGGCCAUCGCUUCCAUGAACGCCAGCGGAAAUUCUAAAUCUAAACCGAAGGGAAAGCCCACUGAGUUGGGGAAAGAAGGCGAAGUCCCCUCAGACGAGGUCCCUACUCCCCGUAGCAUCUCUAUUGGGCGAAUUUUGGAUGAUUCUUAAAGAUAGCUUGGCAUCCCGAAAUUUUCGUUUAUUCGGCGAUUUCCCUCCAUUUGGUCUCGUUCAUGUGUUAUCAUAUACACGCAAACUAUCUCCUAGAAUCUCCUCUUUACACUUCAAUCAUGUUUUCGUAGGGUCUCCUAGAGUAUACCCAUGUUGCAGAGAAACAGCAGUGGAAGUAUGUCAUGAGACAGUUGAAGUUUCACGAGAAUAGAAAAUAUAUUGGAGAUAGGCGUAAAAAAUCCUUGCUCUUAUCCAAACAUUUGUGUCCCAAUUUCUAUGCUUGCAUAGUGGCAUGAAAAUGGAAAUGCCUUUUGACGUAUGUCCUUGGCCUCUUUUUCUCGAGUUUUCUGAACGGUUAUAAGUUACGUCAGAGUCGGAAUUAUUCUAUUAAAUUUUUCACCAUCUCAGGUUUGCGUUCAUUAUUGAGUUGACCAUCCUUAUUCCCGUAAUCGUAAAGAUUUCACCAAAGAGGCAUUGAAAAAGUUACAUAAUUUUGUUAAAGAUAAAACUGUGAAGCCCUAUCGAAAGGCAAAUAUCUAUAUUGUGGGGCCAUUGAAUCAAUCGAUUCUUCAUUCUUCAGAUGUGAUACUGCCAUCGACUUCUUUGCUGUUUUUCAAGUGAAAUCAUGGACUGUGGAGAUCAACCAAAGUAGUAUCCUUGUGAAAUGAUGAAUGUCUAAUUGGAGGAACGGUUGAAAGAGUGGAAUGUGAUUCUUCUGGCUUUUCGACCGGCUAUCCACUUCCAAUGAUAGAAAACUAAUAAGCAGCCUACGGCACUUGUUACAACUACUAUUGUAUUCUAAGAACAAUGUAUCGACUCGAGUAUUAUAUGGUAUUGUAGAUCAUCUAAGCAGUAGAUAUUUUAUAUUUUUCGCUUAUAUAAACGUAUAACACUAUUAACAAUCUGCGCUCCUUCAUUUUUAGUGAAACAUGCAUUUGCCAUAUAUAAAAUAUACGUUCUAUCUACUUCAAAAUAAACAUUAUUCAUGGAGACAGCCUGACGGUUCUGAUUGUAAACUAUUUGUCAAGCACCCUGCAUAAUGAUGUCAAGCAGCCUACCAUUCCAUUUCUUUCCCAACCCUGAGUUAGCCCUGUGUUAUAUUUUUAUUCAUUGGUAAGUAUUUUAUUGUUGUUGACCAGGAUGUGUUAUGUUGCUCUGGUGCUCUCUCAAUCAUUGAUACAUCAGUUAAAGCUACUCAUCCCAGCUUGAAGGGCAGACAGAGGAAAAGGUUAAGGUCAGGGACAGGCAUGUCCUUUUUAUCAGGUAUAGCCCCCUUCCCUGUUUUAGUGUUUCUUGCAUCAUCUGUUGAAUGUUAUUUACAUGUGCCGUUUUGUGUUAUGCCACUAUAAUCUGCAUAUUAAAUAUUAGACGAGAUAUUCCACGAAAAUGGAUGAGUAAAGACUAUGAUUUUUUUUAGAUUUUUUCUUCAAGUCGACUAUUUCAUUGGAAAAAUCGUUGAGAAAUGCUGGAGAUUUACUGGUUGCAUGAUUUGGAUACAGAGAAGUGCUACUGUGGGUGGAAAAUGAGCGAAUGGUAGGGGCCGCCUGGCAAGGGAGGGAAAUCGUAGAGACUAGUUAGCAAUAGAAAAGGAUGCCAUUGAUAGUGAUAGUGUUGCUGGCGGGAGAGAGUAGUAUUGUUCGGGAGGAAUAAAAGAGUCUGUUUCUGGGAAGAUAAAAGUGAAGAUGAGAUGAUUUUUUCCCAAUAAAUGGGGAUAAAACAUACUACUGUCUGUACUUAUCCACAUUUUUUCCUAAUACUGGAGAUGGAGGUGAGUCAAAAGGAAAGGAGUUACUAUGUUUAGCUUUCUAUCUUCCCAAACAUGAACAGGGAAUCGACCAUCGCUAUCCCUAUCACACCUUAGUACCAAACGUUCUCCAAGAAAAGUAAAAGAAAGAAAAUGGCAUCAUAAUCCGUGAGGUCAUCUCCACAAUCACACCUUUUGAAUGAUGAUGACACAUUCAUAACCCAUUUUUACUGUAAAACUUGAUUUCAUGAGCAUUAGUCUUUGUUCAGAAUCACUUGAUCAUGAGUUAUAAGGUGUUAUAUUGUUACGAAAUGUUCCACAAGGACGGUAAAAGUUGGAGAUGUGAUGAGCACUAUGGACAGUAUCAUGUGCUCCUUUUUGUGGCGAAAUCAUAUUCAAGGUGCAUUCCCCGCCUUCCCAGUCCCCCAACCUAAUUAUUUCUCAUCUUAAUGCAAAAUUUAGGGUAAGUUGUUCAAGAUGGUAUUUGUGGUUUUGUGCUGGACUUGGUUCCUGUAAAGUUCUGUUAGUUGUGUAAAUGCUGUCUUUAAAGUGCUCAAGUUUCUCUAAGAAAUGGUGACAUAAAUGUGAUUAGUGUUCUGUCCUCUCUAAGAUUGACCUGCGUUUGUGGAUUAACGAGCUCAGUCUAUGUUGUUGUUUUGAAAUUGGAUCCUUUUAGUUUUGGGUGUUUUGACUUGUUUUGAAUUUUUUUCAGGAGAUCACAAUAGAACAUCCUUGGCGGACGCUCAACAAGGAACCACACUAGAGAAUCACAAUAAGAACAGUCAGUUGCGAAACAAGUCUCUCAAUCCUACUUUGCAUGGGCGAUCAAGCUCAAAUGAUAACCUUAUUAUAAGCUUUUCUGAUGGUGAUGACACUGACUCUAACCCUGAAGAUUCAAUUUCACAAAGAAAGGUUAAUGUAAAAGGGAACAAAGAGGAAGUGGAUAGAUUCAGGAAACCAUUACAAGCAUCACAUCUGCAACCACAAAUUUUGCAACGUGGGAUUGACUAUCGAAGGAAAAUAGUGCCUAUGAAGACAUCUAUAGGUCAUCCAUCGAGUUCAUUAUUCACCAAAGCCCAUGGGCCGUAUUCUAGGAUUUUGGGUCCAUCAGAUGGCCCCACAGUUGAAAACCAAACACCAGUUCAGCGGGACGACUUUACCAAUAAGAUUUUAUCUCAUAAGGAAAUUGGGCAUGUAUCAGAUGUGAAUGUUGCAGAUGAUAAAGUUCGAAGCUUACGUGAGCAAAUUGCAGUACGUGAAAAUGUCCUAAGGCUUCAAAAGAUGUCCUCUCCUGAAAUUAAGGACGUAAUAGCAUUGUCCGAUGGGCUUUGUUCUGAUAGUAGUCUGAAACUGGAAGCGAAAGGACCUACGAUGACCAAUCCUUUUGGUAGCUCCAUCAAUAAAGAGGACAAACGCUUAAAACAUGAUGAACAAUCGUCCACUAAGGUUAGGUCUGAUCACUUGUCACCAGCACAACAUCCUCUGAGAAAGUCUACUGCCCAAACGGAUGGGCAGCCAUUAGAAACAAGUUGCCAUCUUGGGGUCAUGAAUAUGAUUGGAUCCCGCCAACUGGCUGAUGGGCCUGCUUUGGAUGAAAACAAUGCAGUUGAUGAGCGUUAUGGAGGAAUUAAUGAAAACUUCUGUGUUUCUUCGGGCAUUCAUCAAUCACAAAUGGAAGAUAAGGAACCUUCGGUAAUAACUCAUUCUAUAUUCCCCGUGCUCAUGUUACCUAAGGUCACUUUUUGUGGACUGCUGUAGAUUAUUUGAUGUCGGUGGGUUUCUAAAGGUUCUUGAUAACAUAUGACUUUAUUUAUAAUUGUUUACCGUUCUUGGUAGCAGAUGGCUUCAAAUCUAGCAGGUGGCACACUUUGCAAUAACCAAGCAUUAUCUUCCCAAAAGGAAGUUAGUCUUGAUUCAUUCAAUGUAAAACGUCUAGCUCUUUCAAGUUAAUUUCUCUUGGUGGUAUUUUCUGGCUGACUGAGCUAUAAUAUUUUUUUCUUUACUUUGAGUUGUUUACUCGUGGAUAGAGUGCGUUGUGGUUAUCAUGUUACCUUAUUUUGGUUAUUGUUCACUGUUGGCCAUUGUCCAUCUGGCCAAUCUGAUUCAUACUCAUUCCUUUGUAGUUUUGUUAAUUUAACUGUUCUGAGUUUUGCUGUAUGAAAGGACUUUGAUUACUCACUAAGCUACUUAUUUUGAUAUUUAUUUUCUGGUUCUGGCCCUGAUUUAUUUCGGUUAUCUCUACUUUGAUUUUUUUUUCUAGUUCCCGAUUAUGGUUGCUUGUUUUGCUUUUAGUGACCCAAGUUUGAUUACGGUCUCAGUCUUGACAUUUCUGAACUUUGUUUAAGUGGGAGUACAACAUGUUCGUUUAAUACAAAAAGUGUGUUUCAGACUCAAACUAGUUGGGAUAAAAAAACAGGUGCACAGUACAAUUGUAGAGAAUUUUUUUUUGGUUGUAGACUAUUUUGAUCCGGAUCAUCUGGUUUCUGCUGUCCUGCACGAGGGAGAUGCUGCAUAAGGUAGUGCAGGACUCAAGAGGUAUCAGCUUAUUUGGGUCUGCUGCUUGUGUAUUGCUGCAUGUCAAGUGAUGGCUCCUUCAUUUCCAAAAAAAUCUUGGACGUUAUAACUUUUGAAUAUCUGCCACCCGCCCGCAAUCAUAUAGGGGCUAUUUUGUGCUCUCUCUAUUCAUCUUCCUUCGAACUCAAGAAAUUCAGGGUAAGGCUUGAUUUAGCCUUCGGGUGCUAUAUGUUUUGUGCACCCUCAUUUUCUUGUUUAAAUGAAUGGUUCAGAAAAUUGUUACCAUUUCUAUUUGGAUUAUGCAUAAAUUAUGGUAUUUAUUUCUUUCACAUGUUAUCUUGAUAGCCAUGAGCCAAUCAGUACUUGUUUCUUUUAUGCUACAUGUGGUGUAUCCAGUUAUCUAGGACAUCUUCGAGUAAACAUUGCAUUAUUUCUAUUAGUUGCCUCCCUGCAUGUUAUUCCAGUCAUCUUCUUUUUAGGAUACUGUUGAUAUCAAUGGACUGGAAAUUAGUUAUUUUACCAAACUGCAGAAAGCUUUAUUGGAUUAACAUCCCUUUCGUUACUUCUAGCACUAUAAUAUAUGUUUUUCUGUACUCCACUGCUAAGUCAUCUCUGCAGGUUAUAAACUUCAAUAAUCCAUACCAGCUAAUGUCCCAGGAGCAAAGUAAGACCGAUCGAGAAGGUAUACUUCAUCUGGAGGAGUUGCAUGACAAGGAGUUAGAGGAGGCCCAGGAAUUCAGGCGUCAAUGUGAGCUCAAAGAGAUGCAUGCAUUGAAAACCUAUCGCAAAGCACGUGAGGCACUCAUUGCAGCCAAUAACAGAUGCUCCUUCUUAUAUAAGAAAAGAGAAAUGCUUUCUGCAAUUGCUUCGAAAUGGUCGAGCCUGUAGAGAAAAAAAUUCGAAGAUCAGUACUAAUCUUUUACCCGAAGUUGACCACUUGAUGGUUUCUGGACAUCAAGAUUUUGAUCAGGUGGGCUACAAAUUUAGCUCCGAAUUCAUUAAUGGUCCUAUUUUAAUUUCAAAUUUAAAGAAAACUGGAGAUGACUUAACGUCUGGUCUGGCUGAUAAACAAGAUCCCAAUGUGAGAAUCCAGAUAACAUAAAAUUUUCGGACGAUGAGAAUGUCUUUGUCGACAGUGAAGCAUGUUUUCCCAUUGCUGAUGAAUCUCAUGGUCUCAAAUUGUGCAGGAAACUGAUGUGUUAGAUGUUGGAGUAAAAACAUCUAGGGAUAAUAGCUUCAAAAGAACAUCUCCUGUUCAACAUGUGGAGGAUUGUGAACUUGAGGCUUACUUGAGAACAAAACUUGUAGCGAAGUUGGGUACGAAAUCCUCAUUAAAAAGCGCCUCCAAAAGUUACAACACAGAUGGGACAGUGGCAAAACCAAUUGAAACGGUUGCCGGGGAUGAAAAAAGUAGUGCACAUCUGCAGAUGAUAGCUGAUGUGCCCAGUCAGCUAUUGCAGGAGCGUCAGAAAAUUGUGGAAGGUACUGUAAAAUCAUUUUUAUUCUGGUUGUUGAAAUUUGAAUUUUUUGGGUUCGUUGAUUAUGCAUACUUACAUUCUUAAAUAUUCUAAGACGUUGGUAUGAACGUCUAAGCCCUAUCUCUUAGACAUAAUUUAUUUUUACUGUGAUGUAGGACUCCAUGUGCUUAGCUGUUAUUUAGAGAUGCUAAUUUAAAUGACAGUUGACCGAUUAAAUAGUCAACAUAUUUGAGUAGUUACAGUAGGGUUAUACUUGUUGUUAGGGUCACUGGUAGGGUGCCUUAUGUUCAAAAUAAGAUUUCGAUCACAGGAAGCACGUAAACUUCUUCUGACUAGAGUGGUUAAUUAUGAUGUGUUAAGGGUGAGCUAAAAUAUGGAGCAUGGAGCUAGGACUAUGGGAAUUCAGAGUCAAGCAUAACCAGAAACAAUAGAUCUUUGGUAACAAGUUAGAUGAGUGAUCCAUAGUAAGAUUGACAACGAUUAGACUUUGAACUCGUGGGUGGAGACUUGUAACUGACGAUCUUGAAACAAACUGCGCACCAACUACUCUCCUCUUGAUGAUGUUGGGAUCCCACAAAGCUUAAGGGAUGUUAGGGAUCUAGGACAAAAUAACCCUCAAGAUGACACUUUGGGGCCCCGAUCUCACACUGGAGAAGGAUCAGCAAAACCCUCUUGGAGAAACAGCUAAGAGAAAAAAACUCAUUCAAAAGACAGUUCCUUAGCAUCAAUUUGGACCUCCUAUUUAUAUGAGGAAUGUGGGUUCUUUGACAGGCAUACUUAGAUCUGGCCUAAAAAUCUCAAAAGCUCUCAUAACCAAUGGGCUAGAAUUUCGGUCUGAAUUGCUUUAAAAAAUGGGAAAAAACAGUUGGGAUACCAAAGGGUCUUAGAUGGGCUAAAAAACUCGAUGUAAUUAAAAUAUUCAAAGAUAGAUUUAGACUAGUGGCCUACGAAAACCAGCAAAAAAUCCCUAUUCCAUUAUUCACCGAGUCUAAUCAUGUGCGUCCUUUGAGUGUGGACCUUGACAUUGACUCCGAUAUCCUCAUCAUACUGCCAAAAUUUAUACCUACUUUGCUGCACAAUCCCAAUGGCACUAUUUUAACCAUUAGUUUUACUCUUGAGCUGUGAGUACUCAACUAGGCUCAAACUGUUAGUAAUAUGUUAGGGGAACGGUGAGAGAGGGUGAAGUUAUUAUUGGCAUGAGUACAUUAAUGCAGUAUUAUUGCAGUUGAGUCUAUCUAUUUUCGUAACAAAUCUACCCAAAAAUGGAGAAAAACCUCUCUUGCCUUUUACCAAUAGUUCCAACUCUGGCCUUUUUUAUUCUUUCAUGCAUCUCAAUAGCUUCAGAAUAGUUAUGCAUUUAAAGGGUGUAGUUUCCACUUUUUAUUGUUUUUGUUGUAUGUGCAUUGUACGUUUGACUUGUUUGUUCAAUUUUUUAGGCUCUGAAAUUCCUGGGAGAUACUGCAAUCAGGUUACUGAGCGAAUAAUUCAAUCCGAUGUUGAUGAUCUCUGCCUCAAAGAUAUCUCCAUAAGUAUAAAUCCUGAAGAUGAUAGUUCCUAUCCAAAAGUUGACCGCAGUCUCAGCCAAGUUGCAGUUUUCUCUGUACCUUCUGUUCUACAGAUUGUAUGCAAUCAUUUCAAACUUUUGCCUCCAGAACUAAGUAUCUCACACAAAGACCUUACUGAUGUCAGAGCUAAGCAUAACAUGUUGCUAUCGUCUUUACCUAUUAUGGGUUCUCAUAAUGUUGAUUUUUCACUUGAUCUCUUCUGGCCACUUUGUAUGUUUGAGCUCCGUGGUAAAUGUAACGAUGAUGAGUGCCCAUGGCAACAUCUCAAGGGUCAGAAUCGACAGAAAACAAACCCAGUUGUCUCCGCAAAUUUGUCUUCAGGUGCAUAUCUAUUACAAGUCUCAAUGCAUUUGUUGACCUUGCCAUUUAUUUGAAGUGGAAACCUUAUACUUAUCUGAAUCCAUAAGCUUAUAUUUCCUUCUAUUUCUGCAGCUAAUCAGGUUGAUUCUUCACAAAGCCUUGGAAAAGUUAAUGGUGUUCAUGGAUUUCCACGUAGACUUCGUUAUAAUACUUUGCCAAUCCCAACAUAUCACAUUGGUACAUAUCUGAUAGAAGCCGACACACUGUUAUCCCAAUCUGUCCUGGCCUCCUGUACGCAACAAUAUUGGGACAUUGCGUUUUGUGCAUCUCUCUCGUUACCUUUAUCUGUUCGGAGGGUUCUUCCUUCAUAUAUACCAUUUUCAUGUGCUGGUGAUGUCCAUCCUGCCAAUGAAGAUAAUUGGAACAGGCCGUCAUUAUAUUUUUCAUGUGAAGCUGACACAACGGUUUGUCUUUGUUCUAAUUGCCAUCUCCUACAGUAUAGCAGUCUAAAAUAUGUUGUUUACUGCUGGAACGUAGCGAUCUUAUUUAAGUAGAGUGUUUUAAUUUGAAACUUUAAUUUUUAUUUUUUUUUGCGGUAAAUGGCUUGGCAUGGUACGUGCCAACCUCAGAUAAGUGUGACGAGUAAUGUAGAAAGGCAGACACUGGAUUUUCUUAUUAGUUGUGACAAAGUCAUGUGCAUUGCCGUUGUUCUGUUAACAAAACUGUAUGCCAAAUACCUAUUUAUUGUCUUUCAGGAUUGUUAAAAAAUCUCAUCUGUGUGCAAUGAUAUCCCUUUCCGCCAGUUUGUGUGCAUACAGAUAUUUUGGUUCUCAGAAUAUCUUGUCACUGGUCUUUUGGCUGCUUGAAAGUGUAUUGUUCUCACACUUACAUACACACACACACACACACCGGGCCCAACUUGUACAGAGACUCCAGGAAGUCCAUACCAUGAAUACCUGAUUUCUCCAUUUUCUUCCAAAAUAUAAGUGCACAGCUUCUGUUUAGCCUUGGAUGAAACUUUUCUUCGUAAUAGUGCAGUAUCAUAUUUUAUAAGUUUUUACGUCAUAUGUAUAAUUGUUUGCUGUUACUUGCCAGGUAUUAUGACAAUCAGUUUCUCUAAGUUUGGUCCCAUGUUUAUCAACUUAGAUUUUUUUUUUUUCAUAUAUUGAUUAUAGCUUAUCCAUCAUACUUUGAUCUUUAGAAUGUUUUCUUUUUGUAAAUAUUUUCCCUAGAAAAAAUUGAAGCAAGGCUUGAGUGAUCCUGAACAGACCCUGGAGAUGGCACUUGAUCUUCUAAACAAGAAGAUGAGUAGCAUGCCUCUGAAAAAGAAGGUAGCGAUUCUUACCAGUUAAUUACUGGACCACUUUUACAAUUUUGUUUUUUUUCUUCUGAAUCCACAUGUGCCAACAGAUUUAAUGUUAACACCACGUUUUAUGUGAAUCUUAUGGUGAAUGCUAAUCAACAGAAUGCUUUAGAGACUUGUUGACUUUGUUGGAUAAGAAUAGCAACCAAAAGAAAAAGAGAAAAAAAAGGAAUUUGAUUUAUAUGCUCUGUUGGUUUACGCUAGGUUCUUUCUUCAAACCUGUUAAUUUAUGCUUGCAUCCUUUUGUCGUAUGUAUCAUCCAAAGGUUAUUUCUAGAUUAUGUGAGGCUGAGACAUUGAGUGGGUCACUGGUACCCUGUUCUCUCUCAUGUUAACCUGGCACCAGAGAGGCUUGUCACUGGCAUCUAGAACAAAAAUUAUAAGCGGUUGCUUCAGAGCUCAAUCUCAGUGCACAUUCAGUCUGUGGUAAGGAUGCCACUUUCAAUGUGGCGUCCAUCACCGUAUUUAAUCUGUCAUCCUUCACCAUCGCUACAGAUGCAUAUUUCAUUUGCUUUUCCGAAUAGAUGCGAACCAUUUUAUUAACGAAGUCUAACAUAGUUUUGGACCUUUCUUCCAGGCAUUGUCUCUCUUAGCACGUGCUCUUGAGGCGGACCCAAAUUCUACUAUCCUCUGGAUUGUGUAUCUCCAUAUUUACUAUAGGAAAGAGAAGUCCGUUGGCAAGGAUGACAUGUUCUCCUAUGCGGUAUUUUGGAUUUUAUUAUUUUCAAUAAUUUUAUGGGAGCCUUAA